UUUAUUUAUUUGAGGAUUUUUUACGAAAAUUAUUGGCGGUGGCAGAAAGUUAAUUUGGCGGGACGCGGGCUGUUCCUCCAUCUUGUUCUAUUUUGUUCGCCACUUCAAUACGAACUUAGUCAUUGGUUGUGCAUAGAAAAAAUUGCCGAGCGACUUAACGGAAACAUCCGAAUAAUUAAAUUGACUUAAGUUAUCCAAUCAGCAGAAUAACCGAGUGGAAAAGGUUAAUUUUACAUUCAGGACGAAUUUACACAGGAAAGCCAGAAAACCGAUUUGAAGGUUAGGAACAGUUAAGAACGUUGAUUUGAUUUGAAAGUUCUAAAAAUUGCACAACAGAAUUAGUUGUGUAUAUUACACUAGACACGGUGAGUGCAGUAUAGAUAUAAUCAAGAAGAUAAUAUCCGAGACGAAAAUAUUUUAUAACCUAACCAUGUCUAAGGAAAAAAGCAAAGUUAUGAUUAUAACUGGUGCAGGUUUCGGUGUAGGCGCUGAAUUAGCUAAACACUUAUCCAAAAGCGGUGUGAGCUUAACUUUAACCUGCAAAAACAUGGAUAACCUCAAAAGAGUGGCCGCAAAAUGCAAAAACCCCACCCUCUUGUUGGCCCUAGACGGAGACAUAGAGUUGGUAACCAAAAAACUAAUAAACGAAACCAUCAAAAGAUUUAACAGACUCGACGGAGUCAUCGUCAACGCUGGUUUAAUACAAACAGAGAAAUUCGAGACCUCCAGAACCGCUGAACCAAAUCCAACAAACGCCAUGGAUCACAUCAAGAAAUUUUUAUGCCAUUUAACAAAAACAGCAGCGCCAUAUUUAAUCCAGACAAACGGCAAAAUUUUAAAUAAAUUCAGUUUCAAAGGUAGGCAAGAUGGUUUAGCACUAUCUGUAUGCGAUACGUUGAAAGAAAAACUGGAUCAGUGCACAUCUAGGCACCUUGUGCAGUUCAUGAAGGAACUUAAAAGUAUGAAAAUAAAGAAAAUUGCAAACACAGACAUGUCUUAUUAUGAUUUUUAUAUGAAAAGCAUUCUAUCCUUGGCGGCUUUGCUGAGGAACAAAAAUUUGGAGGACACAUUGCAGUUUGGAGGGCAUGAACUUAUGUUUCCUUUGUAUUCAAGCGACAUCGAAAGUAAGUUCAGGAUGGCUUUGAUGAGAAAAGAUUUGAUUCAACAGUGCCAUGACGUAUCAAGCCUUUAUUUACCUCAAUUGCCAUAUAAUUGUUUAGAGAACAUAUUCAGUUAUUUGGGAAAUUGGGAAAUGAGGGUCCUAAUUGCUGCUUGCGCAACACCUGAGAACCAUAUUGUAAAUGAAUAA